GUACAUCUGGGUGGGUGCAAUUCGUCUGUCUCUUGAAAUUUUGGAUAGAGUUUUGAGCCAGCUAAAGAUGGAUGAAGAUCAUGGCGUCAGAGACAACACUGUCACACAUUCACCCACCAAUUCGCAACAAACAGUUUCUGAUGACGACGAAAUAGACUACACAACCAAACCAGAGUUUUAUGACCCGGAUCUUGAUGAUAAGAAUGAACAGUGGAUUCAUAAAAAGAGGCAAGGACGUGUCUCUGAUGCCGUGCUUAGCUGCCCUGCUUGCUUCACCACCCUCUGCCUAGAAUGUCAGAGGCACGAAAAAUAUCUGACCCAGUACAGGGCAGUAUUUGUUGCAAACUGCAAAAUCGGGAAUGACAAGGUUUUGAAGCAAAAUACUUCAAGAUCAAGAAAAAGAAAUGGAGGGAGUGAAAGAUUUGAUAGAAAUGACACUGAUUCAAUUAACACUGAGACAUUCAAGCAAGUUUGCUGUUCUGUUUGCACGACAGAGGUUGGUGUCAUGGACCAGGAUGAGAUUUAUCAUUUCUACAAUGUUCUCCCGAGUGAAUCCUGACUGAUUUAGAUGUAUCUGCUCAGAAGUGGCCUUCUCUGAAUCCCACUACCUUACAAAAUUCCAACUCAGAACUAGUUUAUGUCAGUAUCUCCAUGCUCUACACCCAUGAACACAUAAUUCAUACACGUCCAAUAUUUCAGCCCCGGAAGCAUAUUCUUGACGUAACCUUCGCUGGAGGAAUAAAUUAUAUUUGUGGCUAAAACCGUGGACACGGAGAUAUUGCUUUAAGAGAACAAAAUUACCAUCUUUGGAGGUACACUGUAUGACAGUAUCUGUUGUAUUUUUCUCAAUACCUUGUGAAAUUCUGUCUAUUUUUGCUACUAUUAUUGUUUUUCA